UCUGCCGCUGACACCUUCUCCGAGCGUUUGUUCCGGUACAGCCGGCUCGGCGUUGUCUUUUCCCUGCCAGUCUCCGUCUCCAAGUUCCUCCUUGCCUCCCUCAUUCUCGCCUGUCUCCUCCCACUUUCUCUUACUCACUCGCGUUCCCUCUCACUCCGGCAGCUCCCGGAUUUGCCGGUCAUUUGAUCUCGGUGCUCCCUCGUUUCCACAUGGCUGCGAUUAAAGCCUUGCAGCAGUGGUGUAAGAAACAGUGCGAGGGAUAUCGCGAUGUGGAGAUCACUAACAUGACGACCUCUUGGCGGGAUGGGCUGGCUUUCUGUGCCAUCCUACACCACUUCAGACCCGAGCUUAUAAACUUUGAUUCGCUUAAGAAAGAAAAUGUUUAUGAAAACAAUAAGUUGGCUUUCCGCGUGGCGGAGGAGGAGCUGGGCAUCCCGGCACUGUUGGAUGCAGAAGAUAUGGUGGCGCUGAGAGUCCCCGACAGGCUGAGCAUCCUGACCUACGUCUCGCAGUACUAUAAUUUCUUCACAGGCCGGUCACCCAUUGGUGGUAUGGCUCACAUUAAAAGACCUGCAACUGACUCGAGUGAGGAGCCAGCGCAGAAGAGGCUGACUCCUGAGAGUAAGCCAAAACACCCUAAGAAUACACGGACUGACAACCAUGAGCCAGUGCCUCAUGCUGCGGCAACAUGCCGGGUCGCCACGCCGAACAAGGUUCCAGCUCGUGAUGCAGGAGACAGAUCAAGCAAGUCAGGGACCCUAACCAGUAGCUGUGGCAUCUGCAAAAAAAAUGUUCUCUUGGUUCAACGGUACUUGGUCGAUGGAAAACUUUAUCACAGAAACUGCUUCAGAUGCACGCAGUGUGCCACCAUGCUCAUGGCUGGAGCCUACAAGGCGGGGCCUACGCCGGGGACUUUCAUCUGCAUCACCCACUCAGCCAACGACCGUGAGAAGAGCAGUCCCCAAUACACCAUCCCCUCUAAGCAGCUGGACAGCAGAACCCAUGAGCCAGCCCCAGCCAUCCACGGCCCUGUGUUCAGCCAUGUGAGCACAUCUGCGGCAGUGACACCCAACAGCAAGCAGCCUGAGCACCCUCUGGCAACUUUCAGGCCAGGGGGCGGUUUGGCUGAAGGGACCCAAGCUGCAAAGCAGCGCUUCCUGAGCUCGGUGACGCCUGAGAGGGGAACCACAGUCAGCCCUCACCAGUCUCAGGACGCUGGACGGAGGUGGCAGGGUUCAACAGAAAUCACGGGCCAGAAACCGCGGUCACCUGCAAAGCAGGAGCAAGCCAGUGCAGUAGCGAAGAGUCCCACUCCAGCCAUCAAAACAAGCACUGAGGCAGACAAGGAGAAAGCUCGUGCUGUUUUCCAAAGGAUUUUGCCUUUCGACAAAAACAACAAUUGUAGUCAAGACUCCACCUCGACCCCACUGUUCAGUGCAGAGAGAUCUCCAGACAAGCCACACACCAGCUAUCACACCACCAAGUCCAUAACGCUGAGUGCAGACAGCUCGCAAAGUGGCAAGGAAGCAGCCAGGAUCUCGGACCGACUGAAGGAUCAGGACUCGGGGCGAGGUGGGCAGGCCAGGGACACCAAAUGGAGGCCAGUCUCGAGCUGUGAGCCUGCAGUCAGCAGAGGAAGUGCCAGUUCUGCGGUGGUCCACCCGGCAGCAACAAACCUAACACCAUGGUCUUCAUUGAACAGAACCUCCAACAUGAAUGAAGCAACCAGUCGUACACCAGUCCCAGCCCAGAAGGCAAACAAUAAAGGGAACUACUCCUAUAGUCCACAGAUCAUUACCGGGGCUCAGGAUGAGGAAUCUCCAUCUGACUGGAGGCUGAAACUGAAGCCUGUCCAGAAGCAUCACAGCCUUGGACCCUCAGAUGUCAAGCAAAUUCACAGUUCACCUGUAAACCGGAAUAUAAAGAAGCCAGCAGAAUUUGGCAAUGUACCGAGCACUGCCAGCACACAGAAAACAACACCAAGUGUGAGUGCAACUCGGGGGAACACUAGCACUCCUGCUGGACACACUGUAGAGGUGACCUUCUCUCUCCAAGAUCCAAGUAAUGUCUCAAUUUCCACAUCACCUGCCUCUCCCAACAAGCAGUCAAGUGCAGAGACUGUGCCCUCUCAGUCAACAUAUCAGAAGAAAGUACUCAAACCAGACCCACAGCUAUUGUUGAGGAUCGGGGAUGCCUUCCAGUCUCCAACCACUGCUGACAAGCACGUCGUCACGGUGACUCCCUCUAAGAACGAAGGAAGUGGCUCUCAUACUCCAGCAAUCAUCUAUCAACCACCUUUGGAUAAGGUAACAGAGGAACCUCCACACAAGCAAGGCAAAUCAAGUAUGGCUGCAGCAAGAGAAGAAUUUUUUAAAGAUGUUUACAUAAGUGGCAAUGACAAGGAGAGCAAUGAUCUGGCAAAACCUACUGAAACAUCACAAGAGACUCCAUCCAGUUGCCGGAUGUCGGAGCAGGAAAUUCAGAGGGAAUUGAAAAGUAUUGAGAAGGAGCUGGAUGCUUUAGAACAGAAGGGGGUGGAGCUAGAGCCUCAGCUCCGGACCUGUGAAGGAGAUGACCAAGAAGAUGACCUGAUGGUGGAGUGGUUCAAACUGAUCCACGAGAAGCAGUUGCUGAUGAGGAGGGAGUCUGAACUUGUUUACAUAUCAAAGCAACAGAUUCUUGAGGAUCGCCAGCGUCUGAUUGACCAGGAACUGCGAACGUUAAUGAGUAAAGAAGAGGACCAAAAAACUGACCAUGACCGGGCUCGUGAACAGGAGCUGAUGGAGGAGCUGGUGAAAACAGUGGAGGACAGGAACAACAUCAUCGACAGACUGGAUGAGGAUCGAGUGAGAGAAAUGGAAGAGGAUCUCAUGAUGGAAGCUAUGAUCAACAAAAUUGACAUCAACAAGGACAUGGAACCUGAUCCGAAGAAGAAAAACAAGUUCAGUCCCUUUAAGUUCAUGAGGCGAUUCGGUGGCAAGUCAAAGGGAAAGGAGUAGUGUGUUGACCCAGAACAAUAUCCUGAGAAACCUGCUUUGUACUCAUGUUCCAGUCUCAGUACCAACCUCCUGCUGACCAAGUCUGAGAGUCAAACACAGUACAGAAACAGGUCUUUUGACCUACCAAGUACCUGAUAACCAUCAGUCACCCGUUUGCACGUCCUAUUUUGUUCUCCCCACAUUCCCAUCAACUUGACCUUAGAUUCUACCAUUCACCUACACACCAGACGGCCAGUUAACCUACCAAUCCACCCUAUAUGGAGGGAAACUGGAGAACCUGGAGGAAACCCCUGUGGUCAGAGGGAGAACUUGCAAACUCCACAAUGGCAGUACAGUAGUCAGGAUUAAAACCAAACCAUUGGAACAUUGUUGGGUGAAAUCACAAAGGAGCUUAUCACACAAGUGGCUAAUGUGGUGUAACUGGACCGCUACACCAUCUGAUUGUCUCUCUUUGAGACCAUAUCUCAACAUCAUUUUAUUACCCAUGUGGACUCUAUGUGCUGUUACGGAUUCUCAAGGAUAUUGAGAUUGUAAGAUGGAAUAACUCUGCUGCUCAGGAAGUUAAUAGUCCUUCUGUCAUUGGAGGGUACUUCCAUUAUUUUCCUACCAUUUGUUUACCUGGUGUUUUUUAGCUGUAUUCUCAACAGAUCUGCUACAGAGAAUCAGAAUGCUUGGCUAAAGGAAACUCUGGUGUUGUUGAUCUUUCUCCCCAACCCUUAGGAUAUGGCCAGCACUUGUGUCUCUAAUUGGCUGCCAGUGACUAGUGGUGCCCCGCAGGGAGUUAAGAGGGAUAAUAAAUCAUCCAUGAUGAAAUGGCGGAGCAGACUUGAUGGGCCAAAUGCUCUUAUGGUCUCCCCGAGAUAACAUUGACCAUUGUGGCAUUUAAAGCAUUUAUCCUGACCUUGGCAUUGAGUGUAGUGUUGCAAGAGCCAUUCACCGCCAUGGAACUGGGCUUGGGAGUGCUGAGGUUGUAGGUCUUGCUUUCAAAUGUUGAUUAGUCCCUUUGAUUCUGAUUCGAUUAAAGAGGAGGACCUGGUGGCUAUGUGAACUGUUGUGUAUUGAGGCAAAGAGCGUGUGAAAGCUCAAGUGUUGCUUUGUGAUAAUAGGUCUUCAACUCUUCAAACUUUAAUACAAGUAGUGUUGAUGUUUGAUUCUGAGCUUUGCCAGAUUUCCUUUGAGCUACUUUGAGGAUUAUCUUAUCCCUAGGUACCAAUAUAGGAAGCAGGAGAGGACCUUUGAUCCAUUUGAGGUUGAUUUGGUUGGAAUGAGUCGUUGGGUAAAUUGGCUGCUUUGUAUAAAGAUAAUGUUAGUGAUUCUUUUCAGUUUCCUUUGCUUUUGGAAUCUUGUAUGAUUUCCUGUAUCUCUUGAUAUUGUACCACUUGGCAAUGUUGGCUAUAAUUAAGGAAGACUUGAUUCCAAGAUAUUCUAAAAUGUGUGGUACUUAGUGAAACUUACUGAUGUUUAAUCAAAGUGGUAGUUUGGGAAGUGCAACAGCAAGUCAUGCACAGCAAGAUUCCAUAAUGUUUUGUAGGAGUGAGCAGAUGAUCCUUUGGUGAUGUUGGUUGACUGAUAAAUAUUGGUCAGGACACCAAGGAGAAUUGUCCAGUUCUUUGAGACGUUGCUGCGGGAGUUUACAUAUUACCCUGAGAGGACAGAUGUGACUAACUUUGUUCCAAUUUCUCAUCUGCAAGUUGGAAACUGGCUCCAGGAGACUGUAUAGCAACAAAAACCAUGUGGUUGUGCUGGUGUUUUGCGGUAUUAAUAAAAACAGCAACAUCUUCACCAAAGGGAGAGGUUUUAGAUGGAAAACUAAAGAAAGAGAGAGAAGCAACACAGAAUGGUAGCUGUGUGGAACAAGCUUCCAGUAGAAGUGGUAGAGGCAGGUUCGAUUUUGUCAUUUAAAAAAAAAUGGAUAGGUAUAUGGAUAGGAAAGGAAUGGAGGGUUAUGGGCUGAGUGCAGGUAGGGACGAUGUGGGAGUAAGCAUUUGGCACGGACUAGAAGGGCCUAGAUGGCCUGUUUCCAUGCUGUAAUGGUUAUAUGUUAUCAAGUAGACAUUUCAGGCUGAGACCCUUCAGCAGGACUGGAGAAAAAAAAGAUGAAAGAGAGAGAAGAAAGGGUUUCAAGAAGUGAUCCGAAAGUUUUGGGGCCAGAUAGUUGAAGCCGCAACUGCUAUUGGUUGGGUGAAGGAUAUCAAGGGGUGAGCACACAGACUGAGGGAAGAUCAGCAAUAUUACAGAAAGUUGCAAAGGUGCAGAAGAUUUUAGAAGUCUUGCAUUUGAGGGAUUUAAGUAUGCUGUAUUUUUGAGAUGCCCUGGGUGGCACAUAUUGAUAGGAAAUCAGGAUAUUGGAGAUAAAUGUUAAUUGGAUGCAGCAAGCUCCUUGGAUGUUUGUGACAAUGGAAGUGGUGUGGCAGUGUGAGAGUCACGGCAUAGGAGAAGAGCCUAAUGGCAUUAAAUACCUUUGCAGGCUGGGGUUUGUCAUCGAGAUCUCUUGGUUCUCACCUCUGAGGGACUAAUAUGGUUAUAGUGUGGAGGUGUCAGUAUUGUUACUCUAAAUACAAUGGAUUAAUUACUGAGGAAAAAGAUACUCUUUUAUGAAUGUGCAUUACUGCAGAUAAAUCUGAUUUUAAAAUGCGAGAUAAUUUUUUAAAGUUUUUGAUAAAUAAAUAUUUUUGACAUUUUUAAAUGAUUUGCUUUUAACAAUUGACUGCAGUGCCUUAUAUUUACUUGUUGAUCCAAUGUACAUAUACAGUGUCUAUAAAAAGUAUUCACCCCCCCCUUGGAAGUUUUCAUGUUUUAUUGUUCUACAACAUUGAAUCACAAUGGAUUUAAUAUGGCUUUUUUGAAAGUGGUCAACAGAAAAAGACUUUUUUGUGUCAAAGUGAAACUACAAAGUGUUUACCCAAAACUACAAAUUGAUUUAAAUUAAUUACAAUGUUAAAACACAAAAUAAUUGAUUGGGUAAGUAUUCAACCCCUCCCUUUAAUAUGAUACACCAAAUCAUCACAGGUGCAGCCAAUUGGUUUUAGAAGUCACGUAAUUAAUUAAAUAGAGAUCACUAGUGUACAGUCAAUGUGUUUCAAAUGAUUGUAGUAAAAUUACACCUGUAUCUAGAAGGUCCAACUUCUGGUGAUCCAGUAUUCUGGCAAAAAAUACACCAUGAAAACAAAAGAACACUGCAAGCAACUUUGCGAAAAGCUUAUUGAAAAGAACAAGUCAGGAGAUGGAUAUAAGAAUUUUUUUUAAGUCACUGAAUAUCCCUUGGAGUACAGUUAAGUCAAUCAUCAAGAAAGGGAAUAUGACACGGCUGUAAAUAUGCCUAGAGCAGGCUGUCCUCAAAAACUGAGUGAUUGUGCCAAAAAGGGGGACGUGAGAGAAGCCAGCAACAGACCAAUGACAACUCUGGAGGAGUUACAAGCUUCAGUGGCUGAGAUGGGAGAGACUGCACAAACAACUGUUGCCUGGGUGCUUCACUAGCCACAGCUUUAUGGGAGAGUGGCAAAGAGAAAGCCACUGUUGAAAAAAAAUCACAUGAAAUCUCAGCCAGAAGAUAUGUGGGAGUCUCUGAAGUUAGCCGGAAGAAGGUUCUCUGGUCUCAUGAAACCUUAAUUGAACUUUUUGCCCAUCGUCAAAAACACACCAUCCCUACUAUGAAGCUUUGUGAUGGCUGCAUCACGCUGUGGGGAUGCUUCACCUUAGCAGGCCCUGGAAGGCUUGUGAAGGUAGAGGGUAAAAUGAAUGCAGCAAAAUACAGGGAAAUCCUGGAGGAAAACCUGAUGCAGUCUGCAAGAGAACUACGAUUAGGGAGAAGAUUUGUUCUCCAGGAAGACAAUGACCCCAAGCAUAAAGCCAAAGCUACACAAAGCUACAAUGGCUUAAAAACAAAAAGUUGAUGUCCUGGAGUGGCCAAGUGUGUCCAGACCUUGAUCCAAUUGAGAAUUUAUUGCUGGACUUGAGAAGGGCUGUUCACUCGUAAUCCCAAUGCAAUCUGACAGAGUUUGAGCAGUUUUGUAAAGAAGAAUGGGGGAGAAUUAUAGUAUCCAGGUGUGCAAAGGUAAUAAAGACCUAUCCACACAAACUCGGCUGUAAUUGCUGCAAAAGGUGCAUCUACUAAAUACUGACUUGAAGGGGGUGAGGAAUUAUCAAUCAAUUAUUUUGUGUUUAAUAAUUGUAAUAAAUUGAGACUAAUUUGUAGAAAUUUAUUUUCACUGUGACAGAAGAGUCUUCUCUGUUGACAAGUGUCAAAGAAGGUCAAAUCAAAUUUACUGUGAUUCAAUGUUGUAAAACAACAAAACAUGAAACCUUCCAAGGGGGUGAAUACUUUUUAUAGGCACUGUAACCAGCACUGCUCAGGGAAUUGCUCUGUGACCACUAAUCAGCAGGAGCUCCCACAUUACUCUGAAGUAAAUCUUUUUCACAUUUGUAUCAAUCAAGUCCAGCCUGCAGUUUGAGAACUAACCUAAAUUCUAGGCUGGACCUUUAAGCUUAAAAUUACGCAAUGGAUCUGAAGAGCCCUGUUAUAUGUUCACAAGGUAAUCCUUCCCUUCCUGGCUUCGCUGAACUAAGGCUAUCAAGAACUUUGAUUUACUUUCCUCUUAGCAAGACUCAGAGCUGAACAAACAGAACAUGAUGGGAAUUUCAUGAAUCAGUCUUCUGUCUUACUACAUUGAAACAAAAUUUGGAGGACCCUCUUGCAUGAAAGUCAUGUAUGAUUGGUGAAAUACUGUUAAAACUUAUGUAGAAUUACCUUGGAGGAAACUAAACCAAAUUUGUAAGAAAUGAAAUGGUGUGUUUUUAAUGUGGAGAGUCCACCGAAUGAAGUCCUGAAGUAAGCAAAAAAUUAUUGCCUAGGAAAUAGAGGGAGAAUAUCCACACUAUGUAAUGCUUGUAGCUACAUGGUCUGGGAGUGGACGCUUGGUGUUACUGGCUUGGUUCAGAUAUAUUCCUGCUGGUUUUAAUUCAAUGCCCUCUCACGAUUCCAAUUUUCACUAUAAGUGAUAAAUUAAGGUGUUCAAAGAAACUGACAAACACACUUAUUUUAAUUCUCCAGGGGAUUAAUCCUAAUUCCUGGAGACUCCUGGAUCAAUGAUGAAUUUAUUGAUGGUUAUAGAUUGGUCCUACUUGCCUGCAGAUGUUUCCACUGCUCUGUCUCUUUCCUGUGGUGAUGUAAACCCAAGUUGUGGUCAAAGAUUUUCCAGCUACAGGAUUUUAACACAAAGGACUCAAUGAAUUCCCUUCUUGAACUCUUUAAGCUGAAAGAACUUAUAUUUUUGGUGAAAACAGUACACUUUUCUCUU